AUGGCUUUUGCAUCACGUGAUUUUGUUUACUUCCUUGUCGCUUUCUGCGGCGAGAGAAUCAAUCGCUUUUGAAAAAUGGCUCGAAACGAAGAAAAACAACAAGGACGCUUAAACAGACUUUGGCUACAGAAAGAGAGAGAAGAGGGUCGACUAAAAGAUGUCCAGGAGAGACGACCCAAGCUGUGUACACUUAACACGACAUCCUCUGUCAAAAAGUGGAUCCCAAGCAUCAAGACAGACAUGGAGUAUUAUUUGCAGCAAUCCCAACUGACACACUACCCUGAGAGGAAAAUAGCAGAGUUCCAGCUUAAGUUGGAGGCCUUGGAAAGAGAGUACAAAAGCUUUGUCACGAAGUUACGAGUGCUUGACCCCACCUGCAAGCACAAGCCGUGGACGCCUAGAGCUUAUUGUAAAAGGAGAGCAGACGUGCAAGGAUCUACGAGCAUUGUCAAGAAGUCAAAAGCCUCAACCGUAGGGUUGAUUCACUCAGAGAGCAGUUUGCCAGCUGCCAUUCCGACCACAGAAGUGACCUCGGACCAGGACCAGCCACUCGCUUUCGACCGCAUGCGCCUAGCGAUGGCAGCUGCCGCAUUUAGAGGUGUGCCAGAUCACCAGAGCGUCUCAGAAACACAGAACCUAGCGAGGAUACUUCAGCGUUCCUUGCCUAACCUGGGUAACGCAGCGGCAGACUCGAGUUCUGUUGCCGUGCAAAAAGAUGCCGCGAGUGAGUCAGCCGGGAAAUCCUCCAUGGAACAUGUGCUAGGGCUGGACUGUUAUUAUUCUUCUGAGGAUGAGACAGACACAUGAUUUUACAGCUGAUUACAUGUCAUAUUUUCUAAGGAGAAGACAUAAAAUAUGUUGAGGAAUAGUUUGUUACAUUUUGGACAUUUGCACACUUUUGUUAUUUUUGAUAAGAAUUAUACAUGCCUCUACUGAACUCAAUUGCUGCCAUUUUCCUCGAGCCACAUCCAAUCUUUUUUGACUGGAAAAGCUGGCAGUUAACUCUUUGAAUGCCAUUGAUUGUGACAGCUUUAUAAAGGAGCCAUUUUUGCAUUCACCAUACAAUAAUGUUGUCAAAUCCCCAUUUUCAAUACCGAAACUAAGGAAAGCGAUUAACAACCUUUCUACUGUUCUAAAGGCUUUAACGUUGUCCACAUAUGAACUCAUUUCGAAUGAUCGGUGCCAGCGCCUUCCAGUCAAAAUGGAUUGGACUUCUACCGCCGUCAGUAGCAGUGAAACAUGAUCAUUCAAUCGCAGCCAUCACAGUUUAAAUGGAUUUGAUGUCUAUCACUGUAAAUGGCAGUGAAGGACUUAAUCUAUAGUACAAAAGUAAAUUACAGUACUGGCCAAAAGUAUUGGCACCACUGCAAUUCUGUCAGAUAAUGCUCAAUUUCUACCAGAAAAUGAUUGCAUUUACAAAUGCUUGUUAGUAAUAUCUUCAUUUAGUUUCAUUGAGAUGAAAAAAACACAAAAGAGAAUGGAAAGAAAAAUUAAUCAUUAUCAUUUUACACAAAAAUCCAAAAAAGUUUUGGCAAACUCCAGCCUGGCUUUUUUAUGUCUCUGGGUCAGAAGUGGGGUAUUCCUGGGUAUCCUUCCAUAGAGUCCCUUUUCAUUCAGAUGCCGACGGAUAGUACGAGUUGACACUGUUGUACCCUUGGACUGCAGGACAGCUUGAACUUGUUUGGAUGUUAGUCGAGGUUCUUUAUCCACCAUCCGCACAAUAUUUCGUUGAAAUCUCUCGUCAAUUUUUCUUUUCCGUCCACAUCUAGGGAGGUUAGCUACAGUGCCAUGGGCUUUACACUUAUUAAUGACACUGCGCGCGGUAGAAACAGGAACAUUCAGGUCUUUGGAGAUGGACUUGUAGCUCUGACAUUGCCAAUGUGUCCUCACAAUUUUGCUUCUCAAGUCCUCAGAGAGUUCUUUAGUCUUCUUUCUUUUCUUCAUGCUCAAUGGGGUACACACAAGGACAGAGGUUGAGUCAACUUUAAUCCAUUUUAACUGGCUGCAAGUGUGGUUUAUUUAGUUAUUGCCACCACCUGUUAUGUGCCACAGGUAAGUAACAAGUGCUGUUACCUACACAAAUUAGAGAAGCAUCCCAUGAUUUUUCAAAGAGUGCCAAUACUUUUGUCCGGACCAUUUUUGGAGUUUUGUGUAAAAUGAUAAUGAUUUCAUUUUUUAUUCCAUUCUCUUUUGUGUUUUUCAUUGCAAGCAAAAUAAAUGAAGAUAUUACUACCAAAGCAAUUGUAAUUGCAAUCAUUUUCUGGGAGAAAUUGAGCAGUAUGACAGAAUUGCCAAUACUUUCGGCCAGUAUGUGCAUUGACUUAAUGUUUCCCGCUAAAAUAACAUCUAUGAACUACAGAAAUAUGAGAAUAUUCACAUUUUAUUCUUUUUUUUUUUUUUUUAUUAAAAAAAAAAUCUGAAUACUUACUGUUUUCACCAUUUAUCCAUUCAUUCAUUUUCGAUGCCGCUUUUCCUAAAAAAAUAAAUAAAAUGUAAAUUAAUAAAAAUGAGGACUAACUGAAACCUUUGAAUUUUACAGUUGUUCCCUUUUUAAAUUAAUAAAAAGAAUUUUUUUUUUUUUUUUAAUCUACAUUUUGUUUUCUAUUUAAAAAUAUAUAAAAAUGAAAACCGUAAGAGAAUACAGUAUUUGCUAUUAAAAGGCUUUUUUUUAAAAAAAUAAAUAAAAAAAGGGGGUUUUGACAACUUUAUAGUCAACAUCUGAAAAUCAAAAUAGUUGCUAUUUUAAUGAACUGGUCAACAAGUAUAUUUUUUUGCAUUGAUCACUUGUUUUUACAUAAUUUUGGGGUGCUAAAUCCAUUAUCUGACAUUAGUUUUUUUCUUUAAGCUGUGGUUUUUUUUUUGUUAUGUUUUUUGCAAAUCAAGAUUUACAUUUUUUGUGAAAUGCAAAAUUAUUGCGAUGUGAUAUUUAUAACAAAAUGAGGCAAAACAAUACCCGUUAUGCCAUGUUUUAGACAACUACAGACACAGGAGACCAACGAUUGGGACAAUGCGAUGUGGUGUAUUGCACUGCUGCCAAAGUGCUCCAAUAUGUGAUCAUUAGUCAACUAUGACAAGCUAAAGUCAGAAAACGGUACUGCAUAUAAAUAUGCAAAAUAAUGAAAAGUUCAAAUGAUAUUGGGUGAAAAUACAGAGAGAAUCGUUAUAAACAGGGGUGCACAUAAUUUUUUUGCCCAGGUUCUCAGAGGAGGACCUGGAGAUGUGACUUGGUCCUCAUUGAGCUUGAGAGCCGACCCGCCUGAUGCGAUAAAUUUAUGACAAGCUUUACUUAGAGCCAAUUAACUUUAAUUAAUUAUAUUAACAAUUAAUGCUUGAUUAACAUCAACUGGCACAACAAAAUUGCCAUUACUUUGAAAUGUAAAGAAAUAAAAAGCACCAAUUCAAAAUAAAGGGCAUUAUGCGGCUCCCACAUUAACUCCAAGCCUUUUUAAAAGUGGGAUGUCCUCCUCAUAAGACCUUAUUGAACGUGCAUGUUUAGCUUUGUAAAAUGCGAGCAAAAACACGUUUGUCAGUGCAUGUCGCUGUUCAUUACCUUUAUUCCGCCACUUGUCCAUAGGGCGAGCUGGGUCCUGUUUGACAUCGAUAGUUUGCUUAAUUGCCACAUGCUCUCUGUUUUUUUCGUGCUUUUCAAAGUUUGGAUGGCUGAAAUUCUUUGACCCUACAUGAAAUGCGCUGCUCUUAUCGGCGACAUUGGGAUUCUCACAGCACAUUUUGUACCGCAUUUCCGUGCGAGCAUCAUUUGCUUCUAGCCAUGGUACCUCCUACUUUUCAGCAAAAGUCCUUUUUUUCGGUAGCUCCGGUGACGUCUCUGUCGUCUGUCUGUCUUUUGACGGGGGUGGGGGAACACGGAAGUAAUUACUCAGUGUGGCCUGCCUCUUUGACAUUUUGAGAAGUUAUUUUCUCGUGUCCGCCGCAAAUAUGGUGGUCAGCCAUCGGUACGCAAAAGCGUAUGGAAGUCGUUGAGGGCCAGCGCGUUUGUCUACGUCCGGUACGCAUGCACGCAUGCGGACCACUUAUGUGCACCCCUGUUUAUAAACUACUACUAAUUAGAAUUGAUCAAAAGCAUUUUAAAAUUGUAUUGAAUAAUAUUGACAUAGGUUUUUCAUUCAUUCACUUCAGCCAAUAUGCAUAUGGCAGUGCUGUCAUGUUCACUUAUUGCCUGCCUGUGUUUCUAGUGUUUUGUCGCCCCCUAUUAGCGCUUUGAUGUAAUUAGUUUUGAUAAGUUCCAGCACUUUGUGUUGAUGUAAUCAUAUGUUGAUGCAAGCUUAUUGCAAAUCGAGAGAGCUAAAUGGACGAGCUAGCAUCUGCAGCUAUUGUACCAUAGCAGUUCUUCCCAUCUCACCACAUUCUUUGUGUCAAGUUAUAUUCUUCAUUUGUUUUAUAUUCAUGAGCGUUAUGUAGUAUAUCUGUGAUGUGAAUUUUUCAUUUUGUUUGCAUUUGUGGUAAAAUGUGGUUACAUUAUUUCAUUAAUUGCAAGCUGUACUAGUAGUACUACUAGUUGCUAUUCAAAUUGACACGUGGUGUAUACUUUAUUUUGUUUAUUUUAUUAUGGACACAAUGUUUUGUUGUUUUCAGUUUUACAAAUAAGUAUCAGUGCUCUUGUCAAGAGAAAAAUGACAACAGUAAAACCAAUUCAAGUUUACUUGUUUGUCAUCGGUGGAUUUGUGUACCUAAACACAUAUUGAAAAUAGAAUAAGUGCCUCAUUGGCACUUUGCACUUGCACUUCAUCCAGAAAACUGAUGUUGGCACUAUUUGGAUUUCAACAAUAUAGUGGUGCAAU